UCAGUCAUCCCGUGAUCAUGGCACUUGCAACAGUGUCGAAAUAUCGGGAGUCUCAUAUCCCCAUUUAAACGCGUCAUCAAUCGCUUCAUAUCAUACACGCCGCGCCGAUUCAGAGUACAUCGUACUGAACCUUUUCUAAGGACGUCUUCAAUUUGGCAAAAACUAUUAAAUAUAAAACAAUAAUAAUUAAGGUAACAAGUAUCUUCUGAUCAUCGAUCAAGAAUCCGACGACAUGAAGUGCAUUCUGGUAGCCUGCUUGGCCGCGUUCGCCGUUGCCUCCGUCAAUGGUAUCUUCCUUAAAGGCAGCUCCGGCGGAAGUGGUGAUGUGCUUGUUAAUCUUUGCGGCAACUACUACGGCAACCUCGGCCUGAGCUUGAAUGGUGUGCUGAAUGCCGUCGGUGGACUCCUGAAGGAACUUCUCAGCAUUGUGGGCAUCGUCAUUAACACCGUGUUGGGUCUGGUCGGAGGUAUCCUGCAGACACUCCUCGGGGGUCUGCUUGGAGGUGGCAGUAUCAACAAGAACAUUAGCCUCGAUCAAUUCUUGACUGCCCCCAAGAGCAAAGGAGCUUACUUGGACUACCUCCUCAGAUUGGUCAUCAGUUACCAAGCUGUCAUCGACAAGGCCUGCCCAGGACUUGGAGCCGUCUGGAUGCGCGCUGUUUACAUCUCCCUUGCUGUCGCCGUCUCCGCUGAUGCCGAUUCUUACUCUGGAUCCAAGCUGUUCAAGCCACUGAAAGGAGAUCUCUCCAGCUGGCUUCAGAAACUCAAAUUCGACCAAUGCCAAAGCGAUUUCGAUCUUGUACUCGAGAAAAACGGAGGAUGGGACGGCUUGAUCGGAGUCAAGAAAGUGAUCUUCCAAGCUGUCUCUGACAUACUUGGAGGUAUCUCCGGCGUAGUUGAAGGAGGCCUCGACGCUGUUGGUGGAGUGGUUGGACUUGCCGGUGUCGUCGUGAAAGUAGUCAUUCAAUCCGUGGGAGUUGUCGUUUACCUUCUGGCUAACCUGCUGAACGACGUUGGUGAUGCCUUGGAGGAUGUUCUACAAGCCAUCUUCGGAGUUGUCGGUUCAUUCGGAAUUCUUGGUAACGGAGACAUCGACACGUGCAAAUCUUACAUCGUCGAUACAUGCGGACAAUACGAUCAUAGCUACUACAGCAAAGUAUUCGUCUCUGCUUAAAUAACUAGAAAAAUGUUUACAUCUUCUAUUGUACUAUCUCCACCAUUCUAUGUCAUAUUUUUUGUCUAUUUCUGUCAAAGACCAAGUAUUAGAAUUAUACUUGAUCCUUGAUUUCUGUAACUGUUUUGUCUAUGGUGUAAUUAUUUUUUAUGUUACACCUUAACUUGACACCACAAUAUUAUCUAAAUAGCUACAAUGAAACUCUGAAAUAUUCAAUAAAUAAUAUCGAUUUCA